AUGGCUACAAAUGGCCAGCCAUCUCACUCCGCAAGCGGUGUUCCACCAUGGAACCCGGCCGCUCUGCUGCAGCCAAACCACAGAGCGGCUUCCAGCCCGAACCUUGCAAACACCACGCAUGGGCAUUUCUCUCCUUCUACUCUGCAGCAUAAUCAAAGUUUCCAACAGCGACCUCACAUGAACAUGAAUAGCAACAACAGCUCCAUGGUCUUUCAAUUCUCCAGUCCUAAUGAUACCCCAUCUGCUGGCCCCUCUAGCCGAUCUUCUACUCCAGGCAGUAGUUAUGCAAAUGGUUUCAAUGGUACAGGUAACUUUAUUGAGCGUAUGAAUAAUGUUCAACAUCGUUCUGUGGUUCCUCAACCAAAGCGACGGAGAACCGAGGACAGUGAGGGAGUGCAUCAAUUCAUGACUCCGGUCCAGGGUGGAGGCGGAAUGUUGGGACAAUAUGUUACAGAUAAACGCAAGGAAGCUAACAGCUCAACUGCUUCACCUUCUAUGAUGACAGUUGAUCUCACCAGUGGAAAUGACGAUGACGAUGUCGUCGUGCAAGAUCCCCGAGAAGAGGAAGUAUGCUACGGCAUGAUCAAAGCUCACCUGAGCUGCACUCAAGUUCCCUCACCGAAGCCGGGUACGAAGAGUAUUUGGGGGCCGGGCUAUCAACCCGCCAUCAAAGUUGUGCUCAAGCGACAGAUUAAUGAUCCCUCGUUCAAGAUACAAGCAUAUGAUCACACACGCCAGAUCAUUGGGUUGGUUGAAGCUAAUAGUGCCCGAGCUGUAGCUCCUCUUCUCGAUUCGAACAUCCACUUGAGAACGGAUGUACGAAUUCCACCCCACCCCAAGAAGCCUGGCGACGAGCCGGGACAACCCACCUCACGAUCAUACGACCUCGAUAUUGUUAUGUAUGGUCCGAUCAAGUACGCGAGGAACGUAGGGGCACACUUGAACAAGUUUGGCCAGAAGUUGCUAGCCCCUUACCUUGUCCAAAAGGGUAUCCGAGUUCAAAACCCGCACGUUCUUGAAUAUCGUCCUCCGCCUCCGAGGUCUUACCCGACCAAUCCUGUCCACGACGGCAUGACUUCUGGUGGUUUUGGAAGUACAUUUACCAACCGAACCGUGGAGGAGAUUCGUUCAGAAGUUAUGGGCGUCUUCGAUUCCCUCACACGAAACGACGACUUGCCAGAGAUGGAACCCAGUCCAGACAUUUUGACGCCUCUACUUAAGCACCAGAAACAAGGCUUGUUCUUUAUGAUGACGAAAGAAAGGCCUCGUGAGGCCCAGGUUCAGGAGAAAACAAUGGUUUCCUUUUGGCAAGACAAAUGGGGACAGAAUGGCCAAAAGAUAUACUUCAAUGUUAUCACCGGACAGAAUCAAGCCAAGCCUCCAGUGGAAACUCGAGGAGGGAUCCUAGCUGACAUGAUGGGCCUUGGCAAAACGCUGAGCAUUCUAUCUUUGAUCACAACCUCCACUAACGAAGCCUAUACGUGGGAGCGGCAGGCACCCGUCCAGCCAGAAGCACCAGAGCAGAAGCCGACCAAGCACGAGGUUCUAUCACAGCAGCCAACUCUUGCUCUGACGCCUUUGAUGCAAAACGCAAGGUCUACUUUGCUCGUCUGUCCUCUCAGUACGGUAACGAACUGGGAAGAGCAAAUCAAGCAGCACAUCCGGCCUAACUCUCUUACUUACCAUAUCUACCAUGGCCCCAACAGAAUCAAGGACCCAGCCAGGCUCGCAACAUUCGAUCUCGUGAUUACGACAUACGGCUCCGUAUCAAACGAACUUAGUUCUCGUCGAAAAGGAAAGGAAGGCCAAUAUCCCCUGGAGCAAAUUGGGUGGUUCAGAAUUGUGCUGGAUGAGGCUCAUAUGAUUCGUGAGCACAGCACUCUCCAGUUCAAGGCCAUUUGUAGGCUGCAGGCCGAUAGACGAUGGGCUGUUACCGGUACGCCUGUACAGAACAGGUUAGACGAUCUUGCGGCUCUUCUGGCUUUCCUUCGACUACAUCCUUUCCAUGAUCGAACCAAGUUCCUCCGAUAUAUUGUGGAACCCUUCAAGGCCUGCGAUCCCGAGAUCGUGCCAAAACUGCGAAUUCUCGUCGACACAAUCACGCUGCGCCGAUUGAAAGACAAGAUCGAUCUGCCUCCUCGAGAGGACCUUGUUGUCAAACUUGAUUUCAGCCAGGAUGAGCGCAGUAUCUACGAAUUGUUUGCGAAGAACGCCCAGGAUCGUGUGAAAGUCCUCGCGGGGACCCAUAACGGCGGUCAAGCACUCGGCGGCAACACUUACAUACACAUUCUCAAGGCAAUUUUGCGACUUCGUCUGCUGUGUGCACAUGGAAAAGAUCUCCUCAAUGACGCUGACUUGGAUGCAUUGCAAGGAAUGUCUGCGGAAAUGGCAAUUGACAUAGAUGAUGACGACGACGAUAACAACAAGCCAGCUCUGUCCGAUCAGAAGGCACACGAGAUGUUCACUCUGAUGCAAGAGACUAACAACGACGCAUGUAUAGAAUGCAGCAGGAAGCUUGGUUCUAACGAGAGCUCCAACAUCGAAGCAGAAGGACAGGAUGAUAUCCUGGGUUUCAUGACACCUUGCUACCAUGUCAUAUGCCGAUCUUGCAUCAAGAUGUUUAAAGAACGGGUCAAGUCGGUGACAGCACCUGGUCAGAACAGCGGAAACUGCCCAGUUUGCAACGCGUAUGUGCGACACUGUUUUGUUCAACUUCACCGAAGGGAAGUGGACGCGGAGCAUGACGGUCCAGCCAAGCCAAAGUCGCGAAAUGCUGUCAAGAACUUUGACAAAUACGACGGUCCUCACACCAAGACCCGUGCUUUGCUCGAGGAUCUUUUGAAGUCAAAGGCGGCAAGCGAGGCAAACCCGCACGAACCACCAUUCAAAUCGGUUGUCUUCUCUGGCUGGACAUCCCAUCUGGAUCUUAUUGAGCUCGCUCUCGAUAACAACGGGAUCGUAUCUACCAGACUGGACGGAAGCAUGAGCCGCACACAACGAACCACCGCCAUGGACAGGUUCCGAGAGGACAAUAGUGUCCAUGUAAUCCUCGUGUCCAUCAUGGCUGGUGGAUUGGGCCUGAACCUGACCGCUGGAAACAGCGUAUACGUGAUGGAACCGCAGUACAACCCGGCGGCUGAGGCCCAGGCUAUCGACCGUGUCCACCGACUGGGACAGAAACGACCUGUUCGCACCGUUCGAUACAUUAUGAAGGACAGUUUCGAAGAGAAAAUGCUGGAGCUUCAAGAGAAGAAAAAGAAGCUUGCCAGUCUGAGCAUGGAUGGUCAGAACAGGACCUUGGAUAAGGCUGAGGCAGCCAGGCAAAAGUUGAUGGAUUUGCGAAGUCUUUUCAAAUGA